CUUUUAGUUUCUCCAACUCUAAUUUCUCUCUCAUUCUACUCUCGUGAUUCGUGAAAAUCAUCCGGUCUGCAAAUAUGCCGUCGUCUUCUGUUGUUUCCUUUCCGCCUUCUCAGCAGCAUCUCCAGACCCUCUUGGGAUCCGCCCGUCCUUUCCUCCGAGGGGAGCUCGAGUCUGUUGAUCCAAAACUCCCGGCUCUUGUUGCCGUCCUCCGCUCCGUCGGUGCCGGUGAGUGCUGGCACAAGCACGGCAGCUUCCUCGAGCACCUCGUCGACAUGUACAAGAUUCUUAAGCUGUGGAAUGCGCCUGACUGUGUUGCCCUUUGUGGCCUCUUUCACUCCGCCUACUCCAACUCUUACGUCAACCUCGCCAUCUUCGACCCUUCUACCGGCCGGGACACCGUCUGUGAUCUCGUCGGUGAAGCCGCUGAGCGCCUCAUUCACCUCUUCUGCAUCGUUCCCCGGCAACCGCUCAUCCACGACGACCUCCUCUUCCAUUACACCGAUCAGGAUCUCGUCGAACACCUUAAGCACUCCGAGAAUUCGCUGAGAAACGCAAAGGAGAAGGGUGUCUUCAAUCGAGAUGAAUGUUGGAGGAAGAAACUACAAUCCCUUGUCCCUGCAGAAGGGAUAGUAGUCAAGCACAUAAAGACCGGCGAAGAUGUCCUCGUCUCGAGGCGGGUUGUAGCUACCUUCCUCCUAAUGACGAUUGCAGAUUUCAGUGACCAGCUUUUCGGCUUUCAGGACACCUUGUUUGAUAAUUCAGAUGGUCGGCUGGAGUUCUCAGGCAACAAUUAUGCGUUGGGUCUUUGGCCAGGUGAUGGAAAGCCAGGCCUUUGGAUGAACUCACUGUCGAGGAUGGGUGCUCUAUAUUCUCUGAUUGUGAGAGAAGAAGAGAUUUUCAUGGAAGAGAGGAAAAGGGUUGGGGUUGGUGGCAAUUUGUCAAAGGGAGAUGAUCGGGACGAAGAGAUUGAGCUUGUGAUCCCUCCUGUUUUUGAGAACUGCACCAAGGUGUUGGAUGCAGAGGAGCAGAUUGUUGCAAGAGAUUUGUAUUGGGAAGCUGUUUGUGAAGGGUCCAAGGUAGGACUGGAGAGGGUGGAGGAGUUGUUACUGAGGUGUGUUGAGAAGAACCCAUUUAUUGGAGAGCCCCAUCUGGUGCUGGGUCAGGUUUACUUGGCAAAAGGGAGGUUUCAUGAGGCUGAAACAGAGGCUGAGAAGGGGCUGAGGCUGAUGCUGGAAUGGGGGAGCCCUUGGGAUAAGAGAAUGUCUUGGGAGGGCUGGAUUGCUUGGGCCAGAGUUCUGUUGAUGAAAGCCAAGGAGAGUUCAUGGCCUCAGACAUCUUGGGGUAUACUCAACCUGGGGCUUGUCAGGUAAUUUACUUAGUUAAAUGCUUUUAGCCUUUUACAAUAUAUGGUGAUCCAACUUUUUGAAAGUGAAAAGAAGAAACAAAAGUCGGUGCAUGGUUUAGUAGUUUGAUGAAUGAAUCAAACUAUCAUAGACCAUUUCUCUGUAGCUUUUUUCCUGUUUAGUUUAAAUAAAUUAAUAUGUUUACAUAAAAACAGCUCCAAUUUGAUCUCCUGUUGUAUGGAGCUAAAUUGUAAUUGGUCUUCCAAAUCUAAAUUAAUUCUGAGGUAAUUAGUCAAUAAGAUAUGCAUGUAGGUUUGGACUGAAGAUUAGAAGUUCAAGAACACCUCACAAUAUGAUGGAUUGUUGAAUUAA